UGGUUUCAAACGAAUAAGAUGCAGCAAUUUUUAGUUAUUUUCAUGCUGGUGGCUAUGUCCGCUGGUCUACCUCAAUACGGUUAUGGUGGUCUAUAUCAUCCAAAUGUGCAAUAUCAAGGUUAUGGUGGACCUUUUGGUUGGAUGCCUGGAUUCUAUGGAAGAUCUGGUUAUCAAGGUGUACCUUUUCCUAACAAUGUGGCCAGUGUGCAAGGUGGUGAAGUAGUCGCAAAUAAAAUUUCUCCAGGCGGUUUCAUAGCGCAUGCAAUUAACAAUGAUGCUGUGAAUUCUUCCGGAGUGUCUUCGAGCUGGAGCUACUUUCCUGGUGCAUUGGGACAAAGUAAUACUGUGCCAACCGAUCCUAAAACUGUGACAAACGACAACUUAAAUCAACCUCCCAAUGUUAAUAGUGAAUCAAAAAAACAAGACACUCUCCCAAUCAAUUCUGAAGUAGAACAAUCUCCACCAGCAUCAACUAAACUCACUGCCAAUGAAAUAAAAGCAGCUAAGGAAUCGAUGUUGGCCUAUAGGGAAAAUGCUGCCAUAUUACUUCGUCAAGCUGAUCAAAUCGAAAAAAUUUUACAACAGCAAUAAUAAA